CAGUGAAGAAGGAAGAAAAUCUGACAAGCAAAGCAAGAAGCAAUACACACACACUUGCUUGCUUCUUCUUCUUCGUCUUCGUUCCCACUGGCACUUGUCUCACUAUCAGAGCCGUUAGCAGCAGGCAGGCAUUCACCAAGAGCCACACGUGCGUCUCUCCUCCGUCUUGCUCCCCCUCAUCAUCUUGUUGAUCCAAGCACCAGCCACGUUCUCCCCUGUGGUACGUCUUCCGGGCUUGGCUUUGCGUGCAAGCCGCCUGACUGCGUGCGUGUGCCCGUCGUGGUCGUCCCUUGUGCAACGCCGCAGCCACAGCCACAAUCACAACCACCUCACAGCAACAGCAACAGCACGGGCGAGAGCGCACACAGCUGCCAAGACAUCAUCCAGCAUGGGCAAGCUCAGCAUUGACAACGUCGACCUCAAGGACAAGCGCGUCCUGAUGAGGGUGGACUUCAACGUUCCCUUUGACAAGGAGGGCAACAUCACCAACAACCAGCGCAUUGUGGGCGCCCUGCCCACCAUCAAGCACGCCCUGGAACACGGCGCCAAGAGCGUUGUGCUCAUGAGCCACCUCGGCCGCCCCGAGGGCAACGUCAAGCCAAGCCUGUCCCUCAAGCCCGUCGCCACGGAGCUCUCCUCCCUUCUCGGCCGGCCUGUGCAGUUCCUCGAUGACUGCGUUGGUGACGCCGUCGAGGCUGCCUGCAAGGACCCGACCCCAGGCACUGUGAUCCUUCUGGAGAACCUUCGCUUCCACCCUGAAGAGGAAGGCAAGGGCAAGGACGCAGGGGGCAACAAGUUCAAGCCAGAGAAGGAGGCUGUUGCCAAGUUCCGCGCGUCCCUCACGUCCCUUGGUGACGUCUACAUCAACGACGCCUUUGGCACUGCCCACCGCGCCCACAGCUCGAUGGUUGGUGUUGACCUGCCCAUCAAGGCCGCGGGCUUCCUCCUCAAGCGCGAGCUCGAGUAUUUUGCAAAGGCACUGGACAACCCCGAGCGGCCGUUUCUCGCCAUUCUCGGCGGCGCAAAGGUGGCAGACAAGAUCCAGCUCAUCGAAAACCUCCUCGACAAGGUGAACGAGAUGAUCAUUGGCGGCGGCAUGGCCUACACCUUCAAGAAAGUUCUCAACGGCGUCAACAUUGGCUCGUCGCUCUUUGACGAGGAGGGUGCCAAGAUUGUUGGCAAGAUCAUGGACAAGGCCAAGGCCAACAACGUGCAGAUCCACCUCCCCGUGGACUACGUCACCGCAGACAAGUUCAGCGCGGAUGCAAACGCGUCGACGGCCACGGACGAGACAGGCAUUCCUGACGGCUGGCUCGGCCUCGAUGUCGGCGAGAAGUCCGCAAACACGUUUGCGGAGGUUGUUCUGCGCGCCAAGACGAUUGUGUGGAACGGUCCCAUGGGCGUCUUUGAGUUUGACAAGUUCGCCAACGGCACCAUCAAGGUGAUGGAUGCGUGCGUGAAGGCCACGGAGCAAGGCAGCUGCGUGAUCAUUGGCGGUGGCGACACAGCCACGUGCGCUGCCAAGUACAACACGGAGGACAAGGUCUCGCACGUCAGCACGGGCGGCGGCGCCUCCCUCGAGCUCCUCGAAGGCAAGGCCCUCCCUGGCGUUGACGCCCUCUCUGAGGCCUAGGCUUUGAGUUGCGACCCCAGGCUCCACGACUGACGGCAGACGCGUUGAUGUGCCAUCACGUCUCUUCUUCGCCCUUGCCCACGCGAGCGUGUCUGUCCUCUGCUUCCCCUCCCUCAUUUUCACACACACACACACACACACACACACACACACACACACACACACACAGCUUUAUCGUUGCCAACUGCCUCGUGCCUCCUUUUCCUCUCACUAGCAACACACUUGGCGCGCAGCGUUUCACCGUGUCGUUGUUGGGUCGUUUAUGCAUGAAGUGAAAAGAGGCAACCGCAAUACCAUCAACACCGCAG